AUGUCUCAGAAACUCCGACCCCUCGACGAAACCGUCGACGUCCCCGAUUACAUCAAAAAAUAUUGCUCCGGUGCCUGGCACAUCGAUUCCGCCGAACAAUUCGCCGUCGAAUACAACGCGCUCGCUUUCCUACAAAGAAGAUACAGCGUAAAAAAAUGGGGCAUCUCUGAGAACUCCUCGAGCACUUGUUGUGCUUACUGCUUGCGUAUCAGAAGGUGGGACAACGUGAUAGCGCGGCAAUGCUAUAGAUUCUUCAAAUCUGCUCGCAGAGAAGCCAAAGCGUAUGUCAAACGUCAAGCUUACAUUCCGCGACAGGAUUCGGGACAUCGUACGCGGGUUUUUGCGAGGCUCGCUGUUGGUCUGAAUUUUCUGGCGGUUGAGACUAAGUGUGAACCGGGGUGUGUGAGGUGGUCCCGUAGUUCUUCUAGAGGGACCCGGGGUCAGGCCCAGUCUAGAGCCCGGUCUCAGAAUCAGUCUCAGGCAAAGGCCGAGGCUUCGACUGCGAGUAAGACGGCGGAGCAGGAAGAGGCGCCCCCGUGUUAUAAGGCGGCUAUUGGGAUGGGCCAUGGGUGUUAA